AGUACGGGCAGCUGUUAACCGCUACCUUAAGUUUAACCGUUAUCUGACAAGCUUUGGUUUAACCAAAAUGAAGAACGGAUUAAAUACGGUGCUUUCUUAAAGCGUAAUUUAAAGUUUUCCAUGAACAUGAACACAACCUCCGUGAUCUCAUAGUGGGGGCGUGCCGUGACUCCGCGCUGGGUGAUGUAGCCAUAGGAAAGUAAACACACCAUUCUGGCAAGAUGGCCCCGCUCUCUGUGUUCCGAGUGGCACUUCUCGUAUCAUUUUCAGUUUUCCUGACUGUUGUGUUGGGUUUUGGACUCCCUGGUCUACUGAAUGGAGCGAUGAGGAUUUUGGGAUUACCAGAGACAAGUGUGACGGAAUGCAUAGUUGUGCUGUAUUUACUUUUCGUGUUGUAUGUGGCGACGCCUCGAAUUCCUAGAGGAUUGGUGCAGGUGAAGGGGAAAGCUGUGUUUAUUACAGGUUGUGAUAGUGGAUUUGGUCACGCACUUGCCAAACAUCUGCACAAGCUCGGCUUCAUGGUCUUUGCUGGAUGUCUUUUUAAGGAUAAAGGUGGAGAGGGAGCAAAGGAACUGGAAGAAUUUCAUUCAGAUCGCAUGAAGGUAGUACAGCUGGAUGUCUGCAGUGAGGAGCAGGUGAACCAGGCUGCAGAAUACAUCAAAGACAACCUGGAGGACUCAGAACGAGGUCUGUGGGCUGUGGUGAACAAUGCUGGUGUGUCAACGUUUGGAGAAGUAGAGUUCACACCCAUGGACACCUACAAGCAGGUGUCAGAGGUCAACCUGUGGGGCACCAUCAGGGUCACCAAAGCUGUUCUGCCUUUAAUCCGCAGGGCCAAAGGUCGUGUUGUGAACGUGGCCAGCAUGUACGGGAGGAUGGGGAAUGCCCUGCGCUCGCCGUACUGUGUAUCUAAAUACGGCGUGGAAGCCUUUUCUGAUUGCCUUCGCUACGAGAUGAAGACCUGGGGAGUUAAAGUGUCCAUCAUCGAACCGGGGAACUUCAUCGUAGCCACCGGCAUCAUGACCCGUGACAUUGUGGCCAGCACGGCCAAUAAGCUGUGGAAGGAGGCACCCGAGCAUGUGAAGGAGGAUUAUGGGAAAGCCCACUUUGAGCAGUACAUGGCUUUGAUGCGCUCGUACUGCAACAGCGGCCAGAAGAAUGUGACCCCGGUGCUGAAUGACAUCACUGAUGCCAUCAUGUCCAAACGUCCAUACACGCGGUACAACCCCAUGGAGCCGCACUGGUGGAUCAGAGCUCAGGUGAUGACUCAUCUGCCUGGCGCCAUAUCUGACUUCUUCUACUUCUAGAAGAGCUGUUCCUGUACGAGCUCUCUCUGUUUUCGACCAGCAGCAUUUUACUCAGCUAUGUAACACUACACAGAUCUACACUCACUUCCUCAGCACUUUAAAUCAUUCACUGAUCAAGCCUUAAAACAUUUUAAAUGUACAAUGAUUAUUGCACUUUGCUAAUUGUAUGUAUUAAAGGAACCAUCAUUCUAUCUAUACAGAUAUAUUCCAUAAGUAGUAACUACUUUGUGUUGAAUAUCAACCAGGCUAUGACAUACUCUUAGCUAUAAACAGCGUUCGUACAAAGUCUUAAAAAGUUUGGAAAGUGUAAGUAAGUAUUCAAGGUUAGGAAAUUGCAUGAUUUUGAAUAUAGUCCUUGAAAAAUGCUUGAUUUUAAACAAUUUUACAUUUUACUCAUGUAAACCAAAAAAAAAUCAUAGCUAGAUAAGUCCUCUGUUGAUUCCUUACUUUAAACUAGCAAACAUUAAAUAAUCAUGAUCAAAUCAUACAAUCAAAGUUAAUAUGAACAGCUGGUAAAGUAAACAAAGUGACAGAUAUUUCAUACUGAUUCAGGUGUGAAAAUAAAGGCUAGCAGAGUGGAUUCUUUUUGUUGUUGAGAUACCUUAAAAGUGCUUAAAAAGUGGUUGAAUUUAACUCUGAAAAAGCUGUAUGAACCCAGUAUAAAAACUAUAUCAUUAUUGCUUGCUGUGGUAUUAUCUUAAAGUUUUCCUUAAAAAAAAGUUAGAAAAACAUUGUUUGUCCCUUUAUAUAUAUAUUUUUUGUCUGAUACUUGUAAUAUUCUGCCUUAUGGGAAUUUUCUGGGGCCACACUGGCAUGAGGACCAAAACUGGUCGAGCUGGAGAAGAAGGCUCCUGCUGUUCUGUUGUGGUUCACGCCGGAACAAACCAAGGUCAGCUACUGUAAGGCCGUGGUGAGAUUUGGCUGGAUUCACCCCAAAGUUACGUAACAACAACACAAGCCCACUUUGUCUCACAUGCACCACGAGAUCCUGCGUGCUACUUCGACAGCAAGGUUGAUUGAUGUGAUUAAUGGGCGCGCUUGAACAAAAAAGGUUUUCCCCCUCUCUUUAAUGGACUUGGAUAUAGCAUGAUGGGAAUGAAAAAGCAUUUUUUUUGUUUGGGAAAUUUUACAAGCACAGUUUCAUUGUUUAAAAGUGAUUUGAAAUAAAGUGACCAAAUGAGA